AGUUCAGUCUCUCUAAAGCUUCGAAGGAACCUCUUUUGAAAAACCCAAAACCCCUCCAAAUCUCAAAAACCCUGAAAACCCUAGCCCUAACUGACCAUGUAUCUCUACAACUUAACUCUCCAACAGGCCACCGGCAUCGUUUCCGCCAUAAACGGCAACUUCUCCGGCGGAAAAAUCCAAGAAAUCGUCGUCGCCCGUGGCAAGAUCCUUUCCCUACUCCGCCCCGACGAUCUCGGUAAGCUCCAAACACUUCAUUCCGUCGAAAUAUUCGGGUCCAUACGUUCCCUAGCUCAAUUUCGCCUGACCGGAGCCCAAAAAGACUACAUAGUAGUCGGGUCUGAUUCGGGUCGGAUUGUAAUCCUCGAAUACAACAAAGAAAAGAACGUCUUUGAUAAAAUUCACCAAGAAACUUUUGGGAAAUCCGGGUGUCGCCGGAUUGUCCCAGGUCAAUACUUAGCUGUUGACCCGAAAGGAAGAGCUGUAAUGAUUGGUGCUUGCGAGAAACAGAAAUUAGUUUAUGUUUUGAAUAGAGAUACUGCUGCUAGGUUAACCAUUUCGUCGCCUUUAGAAGCUCAUAAGUCGCACACGAUAGUUUACUCCAUUUGUGGUGUUGAUUGUGGUUUCGAUAACCCUAUAUUCGCUGCCAUUGAGUUGGAUUACUUGGAAGCCGAUCAGGAUUCCACAGGGCUGGCUGCUGGUGAGGCACAGAAGCAUUUGACGUUUUAUGAACUUGAUUUAGGGCUUAACCAUGUGUCUAGGAAGUGGUCGGAACAGGUUGACAAUGGGGCGAAUAUGUUGGUCACUGUUCCUGGUGGUGGUGAUGGGCCGAGUGGGGUUUUGGUUUGUGCUGAGAAUUUUGUUAUUUAUAAGAAUCAGGGACAUCCGGAUGUUAGGGCAGUGAUUCCUAGACGGGCCGAUUUGCCAGCGGAACGUGGGGUUUUGAUUGUUUCUGCGGCUACACAUAAGCAGAAGUCUAUGUUUUUCUUUCUUUUGCAGACAGAGUAUGGGGAUAUUUUUAAGGUUACAUUGGAUUAUGGAAAUGAUGGUGUGACGGAGUUGAAGAUUAAAUAUUUUGAUUCAAUUCCAGUCACAUCUUCAAUGUGUGUCUUGAAAACUGGUUUUUUGUUUGCGGCUUCGGAGUUUGGAAAUCAUGGUUUGUAUCAGUUUCAGGCUAUUGGGGAUGAACCUGAUGUUGAGUCUUCGUCUUCUACAUUGAUGGAAACAGAAGAAGGUUUCCAGCCAGUGUUUUUCCAGCCUAGAGGGCUUAAGAAUCUAGUUAGGAUUGAUCAAGCUGAGAGCCUGAUGCCAAUAAUGGACAUGAAAAUUGCUAAUCUCUUUGAGGAAGAAACACCUCAGAUUUUUUCACUCUGUGGACGUGGUCCUCGUUCAUCUUUGAGAAUACUAAGGCCUGGUUUAGCAAUCAGUGAGAUGGCUGUCUCGCAGCUUCCUGGUGUCCCAAGUGCUGUGUGGACGGUGAAAAAGAAUGUUAAUGAUGCCUUUGAUGCGUACAUUGUCGUGUCAUUUGCCAAUGCAACCCUUGUUCUUUCCAUUGGUGAAACAGUUGAAGAAGUUAGUGAUAGUGGGUUUCUUGAUACUACUCCUUCUCUUGCUGUUUCCUUGAUUGGUGAUGAUUCGCUUAUGCAAGUUCACCCAAAUGGUAUUAGGCAUAUAAGGGAAGAUGGACGUAUUAAUGAGUGGAGAACUCCGGGGAAAAGAACAAUUGUUAAGGUUGGCUCAAAUGGCCUUCAAGUGGUUAUUGCAUUGAGUGGAGGGGAGCUUAUAUACUUUGAGGUGGAUAUGACUGGGCAACUGAUGGAAGUGGAGAAGCAUGAAAUGUCUGGAGAUGUGGCUUGUCUGGACAUUGCCCCUGUACCUGAAGGAAGACAGAGGUCUCGUUUUCUUGCAGUUGGUUCAUAUGAUAAUACAAUCCGUAUAUUGUCUUUAGAUCCUGAUGAUUGUAUGCAGAUUCUGAGUGUGCAGAGUGUGUCUUCACCUCCUGAGUCUCUCCUUUUCCUUGAGGUUAAGGCAUCUGUUGGUGGGGAGGAUGGUGCUGAUCACCCUGCCAGUCUUUUCCUUAAUGCUGGUCUGCAAAAUGGAGUGCUGUUUCGGACAGUAGUGGAUAUGGUUACAGGGCAGCUUUCUGAUUCCCGUUCACGAUUCUUAGGGCUGAGAGCCCCAAAGUUGUUCUCUAUCAAAGUGAGGGGCCGACCUGCAAUGCUUUGCUUGUCUAGUCGACCGUGGCUUGGUUAUAUUCACCAAGGACAUUUUCUGCUAACACCCCUCUCUUAUGAGACACUUGAAUUUGCUGCCUCAUUUUCAUCUGAUCAGUGUGCUGAAGGUGUCGUUGCUGUUGCUGGGGAUGCAUUGAGGGUUUUCACCAUCGAGCGUCUGGGAGAAACCUUUAAUGAGACUGCUAUUCCUUUGAGGUAUACUCCUAGGAAGUUUGUUCUGCAACCCAAGCGGAAACUGUUGGUAAUUAUUGAGAGUGACCAAGGAUCAUAUACUGCUGAAGAGCGUGAAGUUGCAAGAAAGGAGUGCUUUGAGGCUGCUGGGAUGGGAGAAAAUGGUAAUGGUAAUGUGGACCAAAUGGAAAAUGGUGGUGAUGAUGAGGACAAAGAGGAUCCCCUCUCUGAUGAGCAGUAUGGUUACCCGAAGGCGGAGUCGGACAAGUGGGUUUCUUGCAUUAGAGUUCUUGAUCCAAGGACAGCUACAACAACAUGUCUUUUGGAGCUUCAGGACAAUGAAGCUGCUUUCAGUGUAUGCACUGUGAAUUUUCAUGAUAAAGAGUACGGAACUCUCUUGGCUGUUGGCACAGCCAAGGGUCUGCAGUUUUGGCCCAAAAGAAGCUUAGUUACUGGAUUUAUUCAUAUUUAUAGGUUUCUGGAAGAUGGCAGAUCGCUUGAGCUCCUGCACAAGACACAAGUGGAAGGUGUUCCUCUUGCUUUGUGCCAGUUUCAGGGAAGAUUACUUGCUGGGAUAGGAUCUGUGCUCCGAUUAUAUGACUUGGGGAAAAAGAGACUGCUUAGAAAAUGUGAGAAUAAGCUUUUCCCUAACACUAUUGUCUGCAUCCACACUUAUCGUGAUCGAAUAUAUGUUGGGGACAUCCAAGAGUCAUUCCAUUUUUGCAAGUACAGGAGGGAUGAAAAUCAACUGUAUAUAUUUGCUGAUGAUGUUGUUCCACGAUGGCUUACUGCAUCAUACCAUAUAGAUUUUGACACCAUGGCUGGUGCAGACAAGUUUGGUAAUGUCUAUUUUGUGCGGCUACCCCAAGAUGUAUCAGAUGAGAUAGAAGAAGAUCCAACUGGUGGAAAGAUAAAAUGGGAACAAGGGAGGCUCAAUGGAGCUCCUAACAAGGUAGAGGAGAUAGUUCAGUUCCAUAUUGGCGAUGUGGUAACUUCCUUGCAGAAGGCAUCUCUGAUACCAGGUGGUGGAGAAUGUGUCCUUUAUGGAACGGUAAUGGGGAGCUUGGGGGCAUUGCUUCCAUUCACUUCCCGUGAUGAUGUUGACUUCUUUUCCCACCUAGAGAUGCAUAUGAGACAGGAACACCCUCCCUUGUGCGGACGAGAUCAUAUGGCUUAUAGAUCUGCGUAUUUUCCUGUAAAGGACGUGAUUGAUGGGGAUCUGUGUGAGCAGUUUCCUACCCUGCCUAUGGAUUUGCAGAGAAAAAUUGCAGACGAGUUGGAUCGAACUCCUGGGGAGAUACUGAAGAAACUUGAAGAAGUCCGAAACAAGAUUAUUUGAGAUAGCUGAUAGCAUCAAGUCUAAGGUUGUUUUACCUGGAUUUAUCAGCCCGGAUCACCGGUUGCGAGUUGUGGUUAAGACAGCUAAAGCAUGUCAGACAGACUCCCAAGGCAGAUGAGGAGAUAUUGCAAGUUGUUCAAGUUGAAAGCACGAGGCAUGGAUGGAAGUAUUGUAUAAGUCUAAGUUUUGAAACAAACUAGUUGUAUUAGAGGCCAAAAAUCAGAGAUUGACAUUUGCUGCUGUUGUAAUUAAUCAGAUCCUCUUGUGCAUUUGUAUGUUCAUUAGUAGAUAGGGAUUGAUUUUUCCAUGCUCUCUCCUUUCCCCUCUUCCCUUUGAGGUAAGAGGUAUUGUUUAUAUCAAGCCUUUAUUUUUUUUAUUUA